AUGGCAUUCCUCUCCUGUACAUCGGACUUCUCCCCACUCUUCCGUCUGCUGGCCGACUACGAGACCCACCACUCCCGUCCCGCACCAACCAGAUCCUCCGCAUGUAAAUCUACAUCUACAUCUGGAUCUACAUCGACAUCGACACCUUCAAGAUGUCCACCAACUCCGACCCACCGCACAGUCUUCCUUCCGGCCUUUGACGUGCGCGAGUUACCCGAUGCCUACUACCUGGACGGUGAACUACCCGGCGUAGACCAGAGCAACAUCGACAUUGAAUUUACCGACCCGCAAACCCUCGUGGUCAAGGGCCGCACUGAGCGCAAUUACACCUCUUCCACAAUCCAAUCUGCAUCGCCACAGCCCACCGUCGAAGACGACGAAGACGAUGAAGGGAACAUGUCCGAUGCCCGCUCGACCGCAUCCUCCUCCGCGUCCAGCACGCGCUCAACAUCCGCUGUAAUCGUCGAGAAACCCUCUCCCUCCGGCCCGGCACAAACCACCCAGUCUUCCACUCCUUCAUCACCAAAGGAGCACUACUGGAUCGCAGAGCGCUCCAUCGGCGAGUUCCAGCGCACAUUCUCGUUCCCCGUUCGCGUGGAGCAGGAUAAUGUUCGUGCUGCGCUGAAGAAUGGCAUUCUGUCUAUUAUUGUGCCGAAGGAGGCUGCGCCCAAGGCGAAGAAGAUUCGCAUUUACUAG